UUUGAAAAAGUUGAACCGUCUCCCAUGCAAUCGAAAAGCGAAAUGACCGUGUCUUCCCUGUAUAUAAAGAUCUAAUGGUAUGAUUUUCUCUUUUGCACAUCUGCUCUGGUUGGAUUCUCUUUCUUCGGGAAUCUAAUCCGCUGUCAGGAUGAUACGUCUAAUCACCAUGCUCAGUAUUCUGUCCGUUGUCUUCUGUCAAUAUGCUCCACGUCACAGAGGUCCACCUCCAAGAGAAGAAGCGAUUCCUCUAGAAUAUGAAGAUGACCCUGGUGCUUACCAACCUGCCCCCAGGAAUAUCGGACCCCCACCAAGGAGCGUCGGUCCUCCUCCCAGAAACGCCGUGGUCCACAAACCCGCAUCUGUUCACUAUGUGAACAUUGGGACGGAACUCGCCGGAGACUACAAAUUCGGGUACGAUACUGGUAAAGGAAACGAUGGUCAGAGUUUCAGAGAAGAAACCAGAUUGCCUGAUGGUACUGUCAAGGGGGCAUAUGGUUACAUCGACGCUUCAGGUCAACAGAGAAUUGUAAAAUACACAGCUGGCAAGGACGGAUUCAAGGUUGAAGGCGACGGGGCAUCAGAAGCUGUUUCUAGAGCUGCUGCAUCAGGACCUGCACCUCAACCAGCCCCUAGGAGAUCUGAAGCACCACCUCCUCCUCCUCAGCCAGCUUACAGGCCACCACCGCAGCCAGCUUAUAAUCCACCACCUCAGCCAGCCUAUAGGCCUCCACCACCAGCCCCUGCACCUCAAGCCUACAGACCUCAGCCUGAACCAGCUUACAGGCCAGCACCUGCACCUCAGCAAGCAUACAGGCCACCACCUCAGCCUGCAAGACCUGCACCAGUGGAGUAUGCCCCACCACCUCAACCAGCUUACAGGGCGCCUGCUCCACAAAGACCCAGGGCAAGACCCCAAAGACCAGCACCACGCGAACAAUAUGCGCCAAGAGAUGCCGAGCCAGACUAUGACUACCCCGAUAACGAAAUCACGGAAAGAAGACUUGCACCUGUUGAUACAGCCCUUUUUAACUACAACAUAGGUACCGGAAAUGAGAAAAGUCAAUUCCUAUCCAAAUAGAUGUCAAAAAUUAGAGUAAAUGCGAUUGCUUAGUGAGAAACUGAGUCAAAACCCAAAGAGAAUGUUCACCAAAAGGUUUCCUUUUCGAUUUGGGAAGUAAAUGUUUCUCCCUUUUUCAUAGUCACGAUCGAAGCUAAGAACAAAUCUCUAAUGGCGCUUGAGAACUGUUGUAAAUAAUUUGUCAUUAAAGGCUGUCAUUCACUUUGGUUAUCAUCAGAACGGACAUCAAAAAUAAUAAAAUGAUUUCAAAAGCAUCAUUUUUGUAAUAGGAUUUGAAAAAAAAAAUAUUUUUCAAAUAAAUAUCCUUAUAAUAAUUUAAA